GUGGUAGCGCCCGGCCGCCAUGUUAGGAGGCCGGAGGAGAAGAGGAAAGUGAAGCGGCGGCGGCCGGGCCUAGGAGCGGCUUCUCCUCCCGCCAGGGCCUCGCCCGGCCCGUAUCAUGCGCACGGCCUCCGCCGCGCGGGGGCACGAGUGACCGGUCCGUUAGCGGCGGGGGGAGGGCAGAGCGGCGGCGGCGCUGGAGAGACGAUGCCGUUUCCACUCACAACCCAGGGAUCACAACAAACUCAGCAGCUACAGAAGCAUUAUGGCAUUACCUCACCUAUCAGUUUGGCUGCCCCCAAGGACUCUGACUGUAUACUUACCCAGAAAUUAAUUGAAACGCUAAACCCCUAUGGUGUAUUUGAGGAGGAAGAGGAACUGCAGCGCAGGAUUCUAAUUUUGGGGAAAUUAAACAACCUGGUAAAGGAAUGGAUACGUGAAAUCAGUGAAAGCAAGAAUCUUCCACAGUCUGUAAUAGAAAAUGUUGGAGGAAAAAUAUUUACAUUUGGAUCCUACAGAUUAGGGGUGCAUACAAAAGGUGCUGAUAUAGAUGCAUUGUGUGUUGCACCAAGACAUGUGGAAAGAAGUGACUUUUUCACCUCAUUUUAUGAAAAAUUGAAGCAACAAGAAGAAGUGAAAGAUUUGCGGGCUGUUGAAGAAGCAUUUGUCCCUGUUAUCAAACUGUGCUUUGAUGGAAUUGAGAUUGAUAUUUUGUUCGCGAGAUUAGCGCUGCAAACUAUUCCCGAAGAUCUAGACCUUCGAGAUGAUAGUCUACUUAAAAAUUUAGACAUUAGAUGCAUACGAAGUCUUAACGGUUGCAGGGUGACCGAUGAAAUUCUGCAUCUAGUACCAAACAUUGACAACUUCAGGUUAACACUGAGAGCUAUCAAACUGUGGGCAAAACGCCACAACAUCUAUUCCAAUAUAUUAGGUUUCCUUGGUGGUGUUUCCUGGGCUAUGCUAGUAGCAAGAACUUGCCAGCUUUAUCCAAAUGCAAUAGCAUCAACUCUUGUACAUAAAUUUUUCUUGGUAUUUUCUAAAUGGGAAUGGCCAAAUCCAGUGCUAUUGAAACAGCCAGAAGAAUGCAAUCUUAAUUUGCCUGUAUGGGAUCCAAGGGUAAACCCCAGUGAUAGGUACCAUCUUAUGCCUAUAAUUACACCAGCAUACCCACAGCAGAACUCUACCUACAAUGUGUCCGUUUCUACACGGAUGGUCAUGGUUGAGGAGUUUAAACAAGGUCUUGCUAUCACAGAUGAAAUUUUGCUGAGUAAGGCAGAGUGGUCCAAACUUUUUGAAGCUCCAAACUUCUUUCAAAAGUACAAGCAUUAUAUUGUACUUCUAGCAAGUGCACCAACAGAAAAGCAGCGACUAGAAUGGGUGGGCUUGGUGGAAUCAAAAAUUCGUAUUCUAGUUGGAAGCUUGGAGAAAAACGAAUUCAUUACACUGGCUCAUGUGAAUCCUCAGUCAUUCCCAGCACCCAAGGAGAAUCCUGACAAGGAAGAAUUUCGUACAAUGUGGGUGAUUGGGUUAGUGUUUAAGAAAACUGAAAAUUCUGAAAAUCUAAGUGUUGAUCUUACAUAUGAUAUCCAGUCUUUUACAGACACAGUUUAUAGGCAAGCAAUAAACAGCAAGAUGUUUGAGAUGGAUAUGAAAAUUGCUGCAAUGCAUGUAAAACGAAGGCAACUUCACCAACUGCUACCUAAUCAUGUGCUUCAGAAAAAGAAAAAGCAUUCAACGGAAGGGGUCAGAUUGACAACGUUGAAUGACAGCAGCCUAGACUUAUCUAUGGACAGUGAUAACAGCACGUCUGUGCCUUCUCCUACUAGUGCUAUGAAGACAAGCCCGUUGAACAGUUCUGGAAGUUCUCAGGGCAGAAGCAGUCCUGCUCCAGCUGUAACAGCAACAUCUGUGACCAACUCACAGGCUUCUGAAGUCACUGUGCCACAAACAAAUUCCAGUGAAAGCUCAGGGGGUACUUCAGGUGAAAGCAUUCCUCAAACUGCCACACAGCCAGCCAUUUCUCCACCACCAAAGCCUCCCAUCUCUAGAGUUCUUUCUUCAACACGUCUGGUAAAUCAGACACCAAGAACUGCAGGAAAUACAGCAACAAAAAUACCAAGCCCUGUUGUUGGGGUGAAGAGAACAUCAUCUCCUCAUAAAGAAGAGUCUCCUAAAAAAUUAAAAACAGAAGAGGAUGAAAUAAACGAAGAUGUGAGUUGCCUUGAUGCAGGUGAUCAUGAUAAAAUGGAAAUUAAGGAACAACUUGAAACAGAAACUAAUAUUACUUCCCAAACAGAAACUGUGCAGACAACAGCAUCUCUGCAAGCUCCUCAGGUGAUUCCAUGCAAAAUCGUGGGAAACGCCAUUUUUCGCAGUGAUCGUGGAAACUGCCAUUUUUCACGCUUUACGCAGAAAUCGCAAAACGGUGAUUUAAAAAACGUCCAGUACAGACCUUUCAGAUAUCCCUGCUCUCCCUGCAAAUCCUAUUCCUGUUAUCAAGAAUUCAAUAAAACUGAGAUUGAAUCGGUAAAGAAAAAACAACCUCAGGGGUCCAUAAACAAUAUCUGCCAACUCAACCUGUUGUCUUCUAAUGCUUAAAAAAAAAAAAAAGGAGAACGGAGGGUGCAAGACUAAAACAUGACUGCAAAUGGAUUUAGGUAUAUUUUGUGCACUUCCCUUACUGGGCUGUAAUCACCACUUGAUUGGAAGUCCAGGUUAGGACGUGAAGCCAGGAGUACUAUUAAUGUGUUAGCAACAGUUGCAUUUAAAUAUUUCAAAGGAUUACUGCCUUUAAAGAUAAACAUGAACACUAUUUGUAGCCAUACUUGACAUUCUGAUUAGAUUUAUGUUUGAUGCAUUGUUUGAAAAAAUUGAGAUAACUGGCAUAUAAGUAUCCCUUAAAUGCACUUUUAUGUACUUUUUUAUUGGAGUAUGACUAAUUUUAGAUCUUCAGCUGAUAUGCUUUCAUUUUUACUGAAGAAUCUCUUCAUUACUAACAAAUCUGCAAAUUGGACAAUGUUCUGUGAUAUUCUGUACAUUGAAGAAAAAGUGUAUGGUGUAUCUAGUUCUACUAUCAUCAAGUAGCAGUAAACCUUUAAAAUAAAAUGUCAAAUCUUGAGGUUAUAUGACAUGUUGAGAAAAUAAUUGGGAAGUAUUUGAUGGGACAUAAUUAAGAUGUGGUUUAUUUUUAUUUAUAGGAUUAUUUUAUGGUGCAUACAAAUCAGCGAUCAAACAGCAAAUAAACUUUCCUUUGAGCUAAUUAAACUUGUUAUUCCCUUUCUGAUCCUAUUCCUAUAUUUCUUGGGAAAAGCUUUUCAUUUAGUUGGGGGUUUUUUGUUUGGUUUUUUUUGUUUGUUUUGCAGCUUGUAUGCACAAAGUAAGAAAUUGUUUUGAAAGCAAUCUCUUAUGUAAAGUCACAGUGUUAGGUACAUACACCCAGUAACUUGUAGCCCCGAGGCACAAACUCCAAAUUUUUGUCCCAUGGCUAAAACGUCAAAGUAAAUAAACUGUGCCUGUGAAGCGUAACACCUGUUGUGAUGGCCUAUUGAUCACUAAAUAUAAGAUAAUUUUUGUACACUCCAUGGAAGUCCUGUCUGCAUUAAGAAGGUCCAAAUUUUAAAUUAAGUCAAAAUAUUGUUCCCCAAAGAUUUUAACCUUUUUAUUUUUAGAUGGCUCAUCAGAACUAGUUUUACAUACUGAACAACAUUGACUUUUAAAAUCAUAUUUCUAGUAAGCACUUGGCAUCUAGUAAACUCUGUUUAAGCCUCUCUUUUGUUCUGUAGUUCUGUCACAAAUUUAGCAACAUUUUUUUUCUUUAAAAGAACUGACUCAUGGAUAAGCAGCAGAACACCAGUGUCUAGGGAACAUGAGUGAUGUCAGUGAUACCAGAUGUAGAUAACAAACUUCAUGUUACUAUUACUUAGUCUGAAAUAAAUGGGAUGGUAAAUCAUAGUUCCCAUACUUUCUGAUUAGCAUGUUUUAUAAACUCCCUGCUCCCAUUGUGCUCCAUCCUAUUACAUGUGCAUCUUUCAUGUUAAAACUAAAUUACUUACACUCUUCCCCUUAUCCUUUUAAAUUAAUUUUCCAAAGUCAGAGUGUAGCUUACCUUUCUUUUUUUUCCUUAGGCUGUGCAGUAACUGAGAACUUUUUUUCUUUUUUUGCCAUUUGUCUAAGAUGUCUGGUAUACAAUAUUUCUCUCUUCCUUGCCCUGUGCAGCCUACUGUUGUCCACCCCCCAAAGAAGGUUAUACUAACAUUUGAAGUGUACAAGGUGUCUGUGUAUUUUGUGUAGCUAUGGAGUUUAGAUCGAAAUUGCCAGGCACAAAUUUAGUCUUGUCAUUUUGUUUACACAUUCAGAAAUCUUUUUUUCAUUUUAUUAAACGUUUCAUGUAACUGCACCCAAGUUUUGCCAAGCUGGAAACUUGGAAUCUUUCUGUAUAGUGACUUUUUAAUUCUAGUUUUCAUAACCGGGAGAUCAGACUGUUGCUUUCGCAUGAUGUACGUAGUGUCCCAUGACUGGAGUUUGCUUUGUUUUAUAGUAUCUGUACUCCUUGUAUUUUUCAAGAGCUAUUUUGUAAACAGAUGAUGUAUUUCUCCAUUGAAAACACAAUAAAAAACAGCACAAUCCCA